ACCUACUCAUUAGUAUCAGCAAAGUUCAGACAAAGUCCAGCAGUGUUCAGCUCGGAGCUGCCCGAACCGAACCGCACACACUUAGCUCCGUUCACUCUGCUCGGAACCAUGACUGAAGCGGACCUCUACACUCUGUACAAGGGCGUGUAUGUACCUACUGCGGUACACACUCCGGAGAGCCUCAAGUACUACGAGGAGUUUACAUUUCGACCUGACGACGUUGUCAUCGUAACGUAUCCCAAGUCAGGGACAACUUGGAUGCAGGAAAUUCUUCCCCUGAUUGUAAGUGGAGGGGAUCCAGCCUCCGUUGAGACGCUGCCUAACUGGGACCGCGUUCCCUGGCUGGAGGAGACCCGGGCCUCCAUCCUGAAGCUCGAAGAGCGGCCGUCUCCUCGCUUGUUCACCACGCACUUCCACUACAGCAUGAUGCCGCCGUCCUUCUUUCAAGUAAAACCAAAGGUGGUCUAUGUCAUGAGGAACCCCAAAGAUGUGUUCACGUCUGCCUUUCACUAUUACAACAGCGCCUCGUUCUUGGUGAAACCGGGUCCGCAGAGCGAGUUCCUCCAGAAGUUCCUCACGGGAAAAGUUAUUUUUGGCUCCUGGUUUGACCAUGUGAAAGGCUGGCUGAAUGCUAAAGAGAAACUGCAGAUCAUGUACAUCUCCUACGAGGAGAUGAUGAAGCAGGACCUGAACGACGCUGUGAGCAGGAUCGCUCAGUUCCUGGGGAAGCCUUUGGAGCUCGAUGUUCUGGAGAAGAUAGCCGACAAGUGUUUAUUCAAAAACAUGAAGAAUAACCCUAUGUCCAACUACUCGGUGGUGCCCCAGGAAUUCAUGGACCAAACAAAGAGUCAGUUCCUUCGUAAAGGGGUCGCUGGAGACUGGAGGAACCUGCUUACACCAGAUGAGGCACAGCACUUUGACAACGUGUUCAAAGAAAAAAUGAAAGAUGUGAACUAUGAAUUCAACUGGGAUUAAGCCAGUUUAGUGCAAUUGCUUUUACCGUUUCAUAAAAAGAAUUAACUAGUAUGUCAGACCAGUGACUGAAAAAAAUCAAUACUGUAUUGAGAGCAGUUCAAACUUUGACCUUUUCUUCUGUGACUUAACGAAGUUUCAAAAACAAAAAAAAAA